UAAUGGUCAUAAUCAGAAGGUCAUGUAUACUUCAGUUCUGGAUUUCGAAGAAAAUGGAGAAACCAACAUGUUCGAAACAAAUGCUUUUUGACGGAGAAGAUGGACAUGAUACUGUAAAUAUGUCAAAAUUCUCAAACAGGGAAAGUACCGAAACGCCUGUGGUUUGGAGGAGAAUGGUAAAACCAGGGCAACUUGCUUUCCCACUUCCAGAUGACUCUUUCCUUUCCAGCCUUGUAAGCAAGCUCAAUGAUGCAUGUCAUGGCAGCCACAAAAGAAUUAACAUGGCAGUUAACGCGUAUCGAUGCUUGUUCACCGAGGAGAGCUGGUCAAAUGUUGCUGAUAGAAGCUCAGUAGAAUAUUGACACAUAGAAAGAUCCGUUCUGGGAUGUUAACCUAUCAAAUGAUCGAAAAAGGUAUCAUAUUUAGUACUUAGCAUUACUUUUCUUUUGGAUACAAAUGAGGCUGCAAUCUGGGAAUAGAUGAAAGGUAGCAGAUUCUGGGAUUAAAACCCCAAACCUGCAAAAUGACAUUUAUAGAUGAGGGGUGUAUGAACCAACUGUGCUAAGUUCUCGGUUCAACUCUAGUAUUAUUUUCUUCAGCUUUCGAGUUGAACUAUAUUGGAAAGGCUACUGAGUUGGUAGCAACACCACUUGAUAUGAAAAGAAGCAUGUAAUAAUGGGAUGGGGGCACGUGUAAGAUGCCGCAUUACCUUAGCUUCUGAAAUUUCCCCUUCAUCCAUGGCGGCUGUAGAAUUUUCAUCUGACCAUGCAUCAGAAAUACGAGUAUCUGCAUUGUCUUCCACCCAAGUUUCUUCAAAAUCAGCGAUGUAAAUAGAAUGUUCUCCCAGCCAGUCUUCUUCUACCCAAGUUUCUUCAAGCCAAGCUUCUUCAUCAUAUG